UGAAAGGCAAUUGAUUCCAGAAGCAACAUUUUUACCUCAAAGUCAAUCUAUAACAGCGGGCAACAAGAAAGGUAAGAUGAGCAGUUACUCUGACGUGCAUUUUCAUUGAGUGCUUCACGAGGAAUCCGUAAUAUUUUUACCCAAACCUUCGUUCGAUCUCGUCUCUGGAGUUUAUAGCUUACCGAGUUUAUGUGAGUUCAUUUCAUGCAUAUGAUCACUUUCAUAAGCUUUUUUGAACUUUCGUUCUUGGAACAUGUUGAGCAAAUAACCCAUGCUUUUCACCACUUGAAGUUUAAGAGUUGAUACAUGAUUUUAUGAUUUGCGUGCACCGACAAACACCGUAUAAUUCCGACCAAGGUGUAAUCACUAAAUCUUAAUACAGUUUCAUUUCCUUCAAAGAAAAGGUCAUCGCUAUCGUUUUUUGUCAUUACCCGCAAAAUACUCUAGGGCGCAGCAGCUUCUAUACCAGAAGCACGUGCGUGCCUGAAAAUACGUUUAAAGAAAAACAAAAACAAAGCAAAACAAAAGCAUAAAACAAGGUAAAUUAAAGGAACAGAAGUUAUAUAAGGGAUAGCUCUUAACAUGGAACACAGAAAGGAUGUGAAAGAAAUGUUGAUGUUAUUUCAGACAGUGUCUUCCAAUUAUAAUUACCUUGCUCCAGUUUGUUUCAUUAUGUAAAUAGGGGAUCAUAAGUUUAUUAUAAUUAGUCUUUGACAUGUUAUUUCAAUAUCUCAAUAUUACAUAAACUAUGGCAGGGAUGGCUUGGCAGACUACACAUGUCGCCGAAACACAUAAAAAUGCCUGUCCCUAUAAUGCCACAAAAACCUUCCAACAACCUCUGGUUGGACAAAAACAGAAAGACCAAAACCAUACGUUGGUCACAAAUCCAUGCCGAAACAUGUCACAAAAACAUAAUUAAACAAGAACAUUCCAACAACCUCUGGUUGGACAGAAGUGAAAAGACCAACAACGUUGAUUGGUCAAAAAUCCAUGCACAGCAUGGCUCAAACACAUAAUUAAAUGACAAAACAGGACAUAACAACAUGAACAUACACCUAACAAGAAUGGAUGUUUUUGUAACAACAUACGUCAGUUUGUAAUUUAUGACUGAAAAUACAAUCAUAGUUUUAUUCACAUCGAAAUGACCAUAAGCUCACAUUCGAUUUGGGUUUUCAGCUAAAAUUAAUAAUUGCUUUUAUAUCGAUUUAGAUAAUAUCGAUAUUGCCAACAACAUAAACCCUACAAAAUGAAGCGGACGAUUGGCAACACAAUGUAUUUGCCCCGAGCAUUAUUCACUCAAACUUAUUCAAAAUGUUCACAGCCUUUAGAAUUGCACCUCGGUAACUUCUAUAAAGUAAAUACUGGCCACGAGGAUUUAAGUAAACUCUGUCCUCCAACAGGAAAUCAUGGCUUGGAGAGUCCAAAAUCUUGUGUCGCCAUACAAACACUCUGGGGCGGUCGACGACGACACUUAAAUAACGAUUUAACACUUCUACCUUCGUAUUAAACAUUGGCUCAGCUCGCUUAAUCACCAGACAAACUCCAACUACCCUAACAGAAAAAUGGUUCAACAACAACUCGACUAAUUCGUCAAUCUGAGAACCAACCGUUUCUGGUGGUUCAUUACAAAGGUCAUUGGUACCUAUUUCUAAUAUUACAACAUCUGGUGCAAAGCGGGAGACAUUCGCGACGUCAAAUUGCUUAAUUUUCUUAACCGUCCUUCCGCCAAUACCAAAUAAACGGACCUUAACACCUUCGAGGUCGAAGUUGCUUUUGGCACGAUUGUCAAAAUGAUUCUCCAAGUCACCACUGAGGCGUCGAACGAAAGAAUGACCAAGUAUCAUUACUUUCGGGACACACAAAGCCAUUUUGGACUGAAAGAAAUAAUUAAUUGAAAGGUCAGAUCGCUCGUAUGUACAAAAAACCGAAACGAUGCGGCACCAGCCAGAAAUGUUGUUGAAAAUGGUUAAAAGUCAUUAAAAGCCAAUUGGAAGGUGAAAAUGAGUUGCAAGUUACGGCCAUCGAUGCGAAUAAACUAUGAACCAGACAAAAUGAACAACUAAAUUAACACAAUAAAGAGAGAGAAAACUCACCUGUUCUGACACUGAGGAAAAAUUUUUGUGUGUCAACGAGAUCAAGAACGCGACAUCCAUUAUACGUCGAUCAAUAAAUACGACAUUACCUAAAGACGCCAUCUUGAAUUCAAAAUUCAAAUCAGUACCCUCGAUUCCAUGUUCCUAGCCUCUUUCCACAUUACUGUAUUCAUAAACUACGUAAGGCUAAAUUGUCACAUAAAAUUUUAUUUGAAGACAAAUAAUGCAUUUAUAGUGUAAACAGAUUAGCCUUAUGUGUUGAAGUUCUCAGUGUGGCAAAGGUUGCUUGCUGCUGGCACUGAGCCUUAUCUGCAAAGGUUAAUGUCUUGGUAGAAAGUAUUGUGGCCAGUAGAAAUUGUGAACAUUUGAUCUUUUAAUAAUUCUGAAAAAUUUUUGUCAGUUUAAUUUUCAGACUUGAAAAGCUAUGCGGAGUAGUAUGCCACCACCCCUUAUGUCCCAAAGGACUCUUCCACCGAAUGUAAGAGGACCUCCACCAAGGGGCCCGGGGGGACAAGGACCAAGAGGAUCUCUGUUAGGUCAACCUCCAGGUGCCCCUCCAGGUCAGUUUAUGAGAGGGCCUUAUGAUCCAAGGAGCAUGAUGAACAAUAUGAGACCGCCUUUUGGAGGACCUCCAGGGAAUGCUCCUAUGAUGCCAAAUCUACAGGUAUAAAAAGCAAAUUUUGUUCUUCAAGGUAAAAUUGAAGUAUUUGUGGUAGGAAAGGGUGCUUUAAAUGAAACUGGCAAAUAAUCCAAAUUUUUCCAAAGUAUCAUUAUUUUUGUGCUUGUACAGGGUGGGGUUUAUUUAUUUUAUCAUUUAUUUAUUAAAAAUUACUUAGUUUUUAAGCAACAGGCUAAAUGAAAAACUACUGCAGCUUACAUAUAUUUGUGUGUGACUCUUUUAACAGUAUGAAAUGUUGAUGCAUUAAAUCGAGUUCCAUGAAUUAGUGUUUUAGCUCGGUAAUGGGAAUUAACUUUAAUAUGCUGUUUUAAACAUGUUUUAAUAGUCUAGGCCAAUGAUGCCAAAUCAAAUGCCUUUGCAAAUGAUGCCAAAUCAGCAAAUGCCACAGAACAUGGCCAUGCCUCAGCAACAACAGAACAAAGAUCCUCCCAUGAUUGAUAGCAAUGGAGACGUGUGGCUUGAACACAAGACACCUGAAGGAAAAGUCUACUAUUACAAUGCACGGACAAGAGAAUCUUCAUGGGAAAAACCAAAGAAUCUCGUCACCCCUCCUUCUCAAGAUCAGCCACAAACCCAGCAAGGACAACAACUUGCUCAACAAACACAGGUAAUAUACUAACUAUACCAUGAUGUAUUGUAUCGCAAGGUUAAGGUUUGAAAAAUUCAAUUUUAGUGCAAGUUAAAUGUAAUCUUUUUGUCAUUUGUAGGAUAAUAAUAUUAUUAAUAAUGUAGAAAGGCUCAGAGGUUGAAGUUCAAGUGCAUGUAAUACCAUGUGGAUUUUAGUAACUCGUACACCUCUAAACUUGGACUUGAUUUGUUUCUGCAAGCUGUUGUUAUGUUGGGCGGUGUUCUGAAAAUAGUCAUUCUCUCCUUGAGUACCAUGCAAACCGGUGUAUAAACAGUGUAGAGAUAGAGGAUAUUACAAGGUGGCCAGAGAUACGAAAUUUCUCUUUGAGUGUUGAAAAAUAUUAUACAAGAGAGUGCAGCAACGAGUGAAAUAUUUUCAACACGAGAAGAAAAAUUUCUUAUCUCCAAGCGACCAUGUAAUUUUCUUUUUAUUAUAUAAAAUCCUCCCAAUACAACAAAUACUCUUUUCUGUUGGGCGUUUGCUUGGGUUUGACAUCUCCCCAGAGUCACUCUCUCUGUCAGUUUUCUGCUGCAAAGGCAGAAAAGAAAAGAUGAAUUUAGCUACAAAGUGUUAUAAUGCCUUGAGUGCUUUCAAACCCUUGGCAUUUGGAAGCGUACAGUCUUUCAAUUUCCUUGUCUUUUAGGCUAUCUGAUGUCCUAGGCUUGUUUCCCAGUCCCUUGGCCUUUGGUUCUUUUCAUUUUGCUUUGAGAGUAGCCAUUGUACUUUUAAACACACAACUUCAGUACAAAAUGUGAAACCAAAGUUCUGUUUGUUCAGAUAUCUCUGGAUGCAUGAAAGUAAUCCCCUCAAACUUGUGGGUUCUUAGUCGGAGCCAUCUUUUUUUCUAAUGCCAAUUAAAGAUGAAUUUCAAAAGGUGGUGGACUUGUUAACUUGAUUCAAGUGAAAGCUCAUGAAGAGAUUUUGAACCAACGUAACUCCGAGUUUGUUGGUCUGAAUGAAAAAAAGUAAGUUUUUCUGAAUGACUUGCCUUCGCACACAGUCUUCCUCUAUGUAUUCAGAUUUUCCUUUUUUUUUUUCUAUGAAUUUGAUAAGUUCCUUAUCUGUGAUCUGGACAAACCUGCUUGUCUCCAUUUUAGAAAAAAACUUAAAACUUAACUUCAAUAGGCGAAAUGACCAACGCAAACUCUGAAAACACCAAAUAGGAAAACCACAAGUGCUUGACAACACAUGAAAAUACUGUGAGGUGAUUGGUCAAAAGUGAUAUCACACAUGUGUGGAUACAAAUGAUAUCAUCACUGACGGGAUAGCUCAUUUAAUGAUUUGCUACCACACGGUAUACCACUGACUUGUAUAUAAUAAAAUCAAUUAUGUGUUGAACAUUUUCAGACUCUCAACUACUGUUACAGUUGUCUGAAUAUGUAAUACUUUUGCUACACAGUUGUAAGUUUUGGGUUUUAAAAUAUGUACAGAUUGUGUUGUUGUCUAAAAAAGCUUGAUUUGAAAUUAAAUAUUGUGAAUUAGCAGGGACAAAAUAUCCCUACUGAAGGACAACAACAGCAACAAACAUCUGCAGAGCAAGAUAAAACACAUGGAACCAGUCAACAACAGAGUCAGCAGCAAACUGGAGGAAAUAGCAAGCCUCCACAACAAAGGUACGCACAGUUUGUUUUUGAGGGUAUACAGAGUCGACUAUAUGUACAUGAUGUAGAAGCUUCUUGUAAUCCCCUUUUUCAUCGUGUAUUUUCUUUUGUGCCUGUGCAAUAAUUGUAAGAAACUCUGUGUUACUUUUCAUCUUCACCAAAAACCUAUUUACGUUCUAUUUUUGGGGGAGCAAUGGUGGUGCAGUGGUGAGAGCACUUUUCUCUCCUCAAAAACCAACAUUUCCGAAUUCCAGUUCAACCAGCAAUCAAGUAGCUGAAGAACCACUUAGUGGAAGUGUUGCCUCUAAAUCCUUAUUUAUUUAUGUAAAAAUGAAAGACCGCCACUUUACGUUUUUAAGUUCUCUGAGAUCUACUUGUUAUUCAUGUGAAUGUGCGGGGUUUUUUUUAUGACCCAAUUUCCUGCCCCCUGAAAUACGUGUCUUCCUUGUUCCUGUACUGUACAAAAUUUGCUUCUUAUCUCAUCUAAAAGCAUAAAAUAACAUUACGUUAGCACUGACUCUGUGUUAACUUAUUAUUAUUCUUUGAAGCAAUAUUGGCAUGCCUCCACCUGGUGGAUUUAUGGCUGGCAUGCCCCCUCCACGGCUUCCACUGCCUGGGAUGAUACCUGGUAUGAUGCCUCCACAUAUCCCCCCACCUGGUAUGCCACCCCCUGGUCUUGGGAUGCCUCCAAUGGGUAUGCCCCCUCCUGUUCCCAAAAGUGAGUGGUCUGAGCACCGUACAACAGAUGGUCGAGUGUACUAUUACAACUCAAGAACCUUGCAGUCAACCUGGGAGCGUCCAAAGGAGAUGGAUCAAGUUCCAAUGCCAAUGCAAGGCAUGCCACCACCAGGUUGGUUGAGUUUGCAUGUAUAUGUUACAAGAUUUGGUUUUUACUUGUUUGUUUUCAUAGCCAUGGAUCAUGUAUCACCCAUAUGUAAAGAUUUAACAUUGUUCAACAUUGAGAAAGAAGAGAAGAAGUACAUGUACACUCGGGAAAAGUUAAAAUAAUAAGCUGGUUGAGAAGAACGACAUGAACAAUCCUCAGUUUCUGUCCAGUGUUUCUAUGAAAUUUGAUGAGUAUUGUAGUUAUUGUGAUAAAAGAUCAAUUAAAAAAAGUCUCCGAUGUUGUGUUCUUGUUGAUGUCCUUCAGGGAUGCUGCCUCCUGGAAUGAUACCCCCUGGUCUCUUACCUGGAAUGGUUCGACCAGGAAUACAACAACAACCACCGCCAGUCAACAAUCCUGGAGUGGUGCAAAAUCCAUCCUCUCAGGCUGAUGCUGGAGAUAAAGACAAAGAAAAUAAUAAAAGUGAGAAGAAAGAAGAAUCAAGUACUGAAGACAACACUGCAGAAAAGGGUAUGUUCAGACCGGUGCAGUCCAAAAUAUCUGUUUGCUAUAAAUUAUUUGUGUGUAGUUUGUGGUGAUGUCUGUGUGUGUUUUUGUCAAUCAGGUAAUUUUGGUUUUAGCUUUAAUUUGACAAGGUAACAUGAGAAAGUGAAGUUAAAACUAGUAUAGGCACCAGGGCCAGGGUAACUAUGGUAAGGAUGAGACUCAAAGGCUGGUGUUAGUAAAAGAAAAAUCAUGAAAUGUGAAACUUGUCUUUUUUGUCUUGUGGACAUCAAGACUAAGAAUCAGUAGGUUGUGAAGUCAGUCCACAGUAGUGGCAAUCUGAAUUCUUUUUUCUCUGUGUUUGUAAUACUGAUGUGGAUCAAAAAGGGGGCAUUGAAGAAUGUGUAACAGAGAGGGGAAUUAUCAACAACAAAUAUAGAUAGCUAAAUAAAUAGAUAAUUUAGAAAGAAGUCCUCUUUUUGAUAGAUGUAGCGUUGAAAAACAACAGCAACAGCAGCAAUGGCAUAUGAAAAGAUUCUCUACAUGACCUGAAUAAGGAUAAAAAUGAUGUGAAAGAGAAUCCAUCACUAGAGUGAUUCUAAGUUCAUUUUAGAGAGUUCAACCAAAAUGUUUUAACCAAAUUAAUAUUUUGGUUGUUGAUCAUUUCAAACAGAGGAUGAGAAGGAAAAAUUGGAAGAAAUUAAAGAUGAGAUACAUGCUGAAGAUGAGGACAAGAGUAAACCUGUUGCUAGUCAACUUAUCCCAGGAACAAGCUGGUGUGUUGUUUGGACUGGAGAUGAAAAGAUGUUCUUCUUUAAUCCUACCUCAAGGCUCUCAAUAUGGGAACGACCUGAUGAACUUGAAGAUAAUGAUAAAGUUGAUGAGCUCGUUAGCAAGGGCCCACCUAAAAAGCAGCCUGAUGAAGUGAAAAGUAUGUACAUUUACUAGUUUGGAUUAAAAUAAAUUUUUAAGGUGCUGGACUUAAAAGCAGGUUUCUGUCACAUACACUGUAACUCAUUUCAAUGAAGUACAGCUCUUUGGUCAUUGUGUGAUUAAUGUUAAGAUAAUAACCUUCCCCUCUGAAAUGGAAUGGAUAAUGUAUUUCUUACCAUGGUUUAUAAUUAUUUUUAUUUCAUCUACACAAAAUUGAUGCAUUUUCAGUAUAGGGUACACUGUAGUAUAAACAGAUAGGUAGAAAAAGCCAAGUUCAGUUAUUUCAUUUUUACACAAUAUUAUUUUGUAGCUGAGUAAUCCAAACCCCAAUAUGUAGUAAUAAUUAAAUUACAUAUUGGGGUUUGGAUCUAACUUUUCCAAUCAGUUUCUUAAAUUCCCCAGGACACCCUCUUUCCCUUUUUGGUCUUAUUCUUGAGAAUUGAUGUGAAAUGCUCACUCUUCUCCAAGAACAAAGUCAAUAUAUUUCUCCUUAAUUAAAUACAUGUAUUAGUAUUACCAGAAACCCAUAAGGGGUUGAAACGUGCAACUCACGUUCAAUGCUUGUGAAUAUUCAUUUUGACCAUAUUUGGAAAUCUUAGUGAUGGAUAUCCAUUUUCAACAAAAUGGCUCCUGCGCGAUCACCAUGCAGAUGUUUUAAGACAAGAGUUCUGCAUUUCAAGGUUAAAAAUACGCCGUUAAAAGACAAAAAAUGGAAAGAGAAAGUUCAAAAGAAUGCUCAGCUUUCUUUUUGUGGAGAAAGGGAAGCUUUUCAUCAAGAAAUUGUCCUUCGAGGAAUUCAACCUUGUUUUCUUCACGGCGGAGCCCAUGGUCUGUUUUGAAAUGCAACCAAGUCAGUGAAGUUUUUGCUGAAUUUUCAGGUACAUUUUGCACUCUAAGGCCAAGACAAUUACGUCUUUGAAAGGGAAUUUAUGUAUUUUUAAAUGUUUCAUAGACGUUUUAAAAAUUUUUCUCUUCGGCGCUAAAGAAAAAUAACAAAAUGUGCCCUGAUUUGAGAUGGAUUUUGUGUUGAAUUUUGCCAUGUGCUUACCUGAUGUUACUUGCGUGAACGGAUCCACGAUCCAGAUAGUGUUUUCCGAAUUGCUCUAAAGGAUUAACUUUUUGGACUUUGAAUAAAAAUUUUCAAGAAACGGCUUCUCUGUCUAUUGUUUUGAGUUUGUUCAUUCAUAAAAUUUGCUCAAAACACGGUCGUGACUACAACAUCUCAUUUAUUUAAGCUUUUCAACCUUUGAAAGCUUUCUCGGCUUUCGGGAGUUUUUCCCCCGUUUGUCGGCCAUUUUUUUAAGCGGGCGCGGGAACCUGAAGGAAAAUUACGUCACGUUGUUUACGAAGUUUGAUUGGUCAGUUAUCUCUUCUUCUCGUUCCAAAUAUGGUACUUUCGAAAAUGCAUAAUCACGAGCAUCGGACAAAGCAAACAUAUGAGAGUUACACAUUUCAACCCCUUAUGAGUUUCUGGUAUUACUCAGUCCUUUAGUGUUAUUAUCUUUUUCAUACUGCAGAAAAAGAACACAGGUCUUCUAUGUCAGAUGACACUAUUGAUGAUGCUCCUCCUGCAAAGAAACAGAGGUAUGUGAGACUAAAUCUUUCUCAAUCCAAUAUUAACAGGAGAACAAAAAAUUUCAAACAAAUCAAGGGUAUUCAGAGGACACCUUCUUUCCCUUUUUGUAAGCCUUCAAGGCAACAAUGAUAAAUAACGAUUUUCUUGGGUGUUUAUGAUGCAAAUUCAACAAUCUCCUUUAAUGAUAUUAUGCAAUAAUGAGCUAGAAACAAAUGAAGUAAAAAUUGGACGAAGGAUAAUAUUUUAUUAAUCACAAUAACAACUGAAAAAAGGAAUUGUUUUUGUUGCUGGAUACAAUAUUGCAGUGUCGUCAAUGAGCUCUAUGCUCUUAGAUGAAUUGGGCAAAAAACAGUGUACAUAAACCCUGACAAUUUCAUUUAAUUAUUCAUUCACUAUGAUUCUUUUGUACAGGACUGAAAGUCAAGGUGAGAAAUUAGAAGAUGUUGAGAUGAAGACUGUAGAAGUUGUGGAAGCUUCUCCUGUUCAGCCUGAAAUUGUUGAGCCGCAGAAACCAGUUGAACAGCCUGCUCCUGUAUCCCAAGUAACAAGAGCUACUACUCCAAAAGACAAAAAGAUGAUGUCACUGGAGGAGAGAAUGAAAGAGUUCAGAGAUAUGCUGCUUGAAAGAUCAGUAAGUGCACGAGUUGUGGAUCAGAAAGAUGUAAUGUUGCUAGACUUUACUUGACUGUUCUGGAGAUCUGACAAAGCAUCAGUCUAACACCUGUGGGGUUGGGCAGUGUCGUCAAUAACCCACCCCACCUACAGUUUAGUUAGUGAAGGCUCUUUAUGCAUAAAGCUGUCCUCUUAAAGAAAAAAGUGAGUGAGUUAACAAGUCACCAAAAAUAAGUUGUAUGAACUUUAAGAAAAAUAUUGAUGUGACUCCAUCUUCUAUUGGCACAAUUGAAAAAGUUCAUUACCCUGAAAAGAAAAAGUUCCUUUGGCUAGUCACACACUUCCUCCUUAAAUUGUAGGAGUUCCUAAGAGCAUGUUUUUAAAUGAAGGAUGAUUUUCAUAUAUUCAAAACUUUAGCAUGUUGUUAAUUAGAAAGUAACAAAAUCCUCCCUUGAAUGAUAACAAAAAAAUUUCCUUUUUCCUUGUUAAUGGUUUUAAUUUGGCUUAUUUUUCAGGUUUCGGCAUUUUCAACUUGGGAGAAAGAGCUACCAAAAAUAGUGUUUGACCCACGAUUUUUAUUGCUGACCCAAAAAGAGCGAAAGCAGUGCUUUGAAAAGUUUGUACGCACUCGGGCUGAUGAGGAGAGGCAGGAGAGAAAGAACAAACUGAAAGCAAAGAAAGAUGAAUUUAAAGCACUGGUGGAAGAAGCUCGAACUGCUGGAAAGUAAGUUUGUUGAUUUCUGCCAAAUCUGUCAACAACAGCAACAUUUAAAAAUUUAAGCCAAUACAGCUUAUGCUGUACAUUAAUUAAAAACAUACUAAUUAAAGUACAUAGCCUAUAACGUAAAAGUCAAAAGUACUAAAAAUAAUACUUUUGCUAUCAAGAAAAAAUAUAAAAUACAAAAUAUACAUGUACCAAGAAACAGCUUUGAAUCCUGGAUCAUGUUGUAUUUAAGGUGGCUCCGUAAUUAUUACAAGAGCAUUUUGCUGUGACAAAUUUUCCGUCAUAACUUUUUCGAUUUUAACGCGAUGGCUGCGAAACUUUGCAAAAAACAACAGAUAUCAUUCGGCAAUAAUACGAAAUAUUCCGAUUUCAUUGAUGGCAAAUAUUUCUUGAGAAAUUAGCGCUUAAAAGGACCCUACUGUUCAAAGAAAAUCGCGUCUAGUAAAAAAUUUUGCUGAUAUUUUUUACUGAAAUUUCUGGUAUCGGCUUUAAUUGAUAUAAUAAAUAUGCCAGAGGAAUUUCAGAAAAAUCGUUGGAGCAGAAGUCCGUAACUAAAAGUUGCUCAAAAUUCAGCUGUGAAAUUGUUUUGGAAUUUCAAAAAUAAAUUACUAUUAGGAAGAAGGAGACACUAGUUUCAAUUUUCGGGACAAGUAAAUUCAAAGUUUGCUAAUUCUGAAAACAGAAGACGAUUGCCUAUCGUGCUAAUUAUUAAAAGGUACUUUUUAGUUUUAGAAGCACUAUAAAUUGCUCCAAAAUUUGCUCUGAUGUCUAAUGACUUGUUCCUCGACAUUUUUAAAAAAUCCCUUGGCAGUUUUGGCUCAAACUCCUGCUACAUACAUUUUGAUGUAUUGCAAUGCAUCCUCAACGGCUUUUCCUGCCUUACGUUGUUUCCAAUUCAGGAAAAAGGUAUUGGGAUUGUAAGCUACCUUGUAUUGAAGCUCAGAUAGAACUGUCCAGCACCUUUGUUUAUGACCAGAAAAUGAGCACGAGCGGCAGCCCUGCGAGGAAUUCGCACCUCAGCCAGGGGGGACGAAUGACGAUGAUGCCCAUGUCUGUGAACCGAUCUGUACAAACAUGUAUUGCAGAGCAAAACAUAAUAAUCAAGAAAAAAAUACCCAUUCAUUGAAGGAAGGAGUGACAAAAAUUUCAGAGUUGUAAAUUUAUUCACGGGCAGUAUUUUUGCGAUAAUUUUAUUUUGCACUGUGAUGUUAUUCGGUUCACAGGCAUGGUCAUCAUUGUUGUUCGUCCCCCCUGGGUGAGGUGCGAAUUCCUCGCAGAACUGCCGCUCGUGCUCAUUUUGUAGUCAUAAACAAAGGUGCUGGACAGUUCUUUCUGAGCUCUGAUACGAGGUAGCGUCAAAUCUCAAUACUUUUUUCCUGAGUUGGAAGCAACGAACAGCAGUAAAAGUCGUUGAAAAUGCAUUGCAAUACAUCAAAAUGUAUGCAGCAGGAGUUUGAGCCAAAACUGCCACGGGAUAUUUUAAAACUGUCGAAGAACAAGUCAUUCUACUUCAGAGCAAGGUUUGGAGCAAUUUAUAGUGCUUCUAAAACUAAAAAGUACCUUUUAAAGAAUAGCACGAUAGGCAAUCGGCUUUUGUUUUAAGAAUUAGCAAACGUUGCAUUUACUUGUCCCGAAAAUUCAAACUGGUGGUUCCUUCUACCUGAUAGUAAUUUAUUUUUGAAAUUCCAAAACAAUUUCACAGCUGAAUUUUGAGCAACUUUUAGUUACGGACUUCUGCUCCAACGAUUUUUCUGAAAUUCCUCUAGCAUAUUUAUUAUAUCAAUUAAAGCCGAUACCAGAAAUUUCAGUAAAAAAUAUCAGCAAAAUUUUUUACUAGACGCGAUUUUCUUUGAACAGUAGGGUCCUUUUAAGCGCUAAUUUCUCAAGAAAUAUUUGCCAUCAAUGAAAUCGGAAUAUUUCGUAUUAUUGCCGAAUGAUAUCUGUUGUUUUUUGCAAAGUUUCGCAGCCAUCGCGUUAAAAUCGAAAAAGUUAUGACGGAAAAUUUGUCACAGCAAAAUGCUAUUGUAUUAAUUACGGAGCCACCUUAAAUUGAUGAUGAAUUGCUAUUUAAACUACUUACUGUGAAUUACUUACUACAUUACUGUUUGGUACCAUACAAUAAGAAGAAAGCUAGAGAUUGUUGAAUGAAUACUUACAUGUGGACUGUAUAUCGAAAUACCUUUGAAAACAUUCAACUUUUCCCUUACAGAACAGCUUUCAGUGAGUUUGCCAUGAAGUACGGGAAGGAUGAUCGAUUCAAAGGGAUUGAGAAAAUGAAGGACAGGGAGAAUUUGUUUGUGGAAUUUAUGGCAGAGCUAAAAAAGAAAGAGAAAGAAAACUCCAAAAUGAAGCAGGAUAAGGUUGGUUUUUUGUUUCCUUGGGGAAUCAGGAUGGAUAGCAGAGGGAACACCUCAUUAAUGAAGUUCCCACUGUCUGUCAUGUGCCUAGACUUGGAUGGUGUUUCUGACUGUUUCACAGUUAAUGUACAUCCUUUAAUAAUGGCAGUUCAUUACCUAUAAAACAUCAAUACAAAAUAAUAAAAUAUUUUAGUCAAAAGAAAUCCCUUCUACAUUAUGAUCACUCUGUCACACUAUUUUCCCAAGAAUGCAAGUCGUGCCAUAAUUAAACCGACUCAAACUCCUUACUAUUACAAUUAUUACAUGUGAACCCAGGUAUAUAAUCAGAAUUGGUCAGAAAUGCCAUCUAAAAUAGGUGCAGCCACAUAACUGUGUGCUGUGAAUGAAAUCAAGCAAGAUUUUUUUUUACCAGGAAAGGAGUCUGACCUGAAAACAAGAUUAGAAACAAAAUAAAAUAAUAUGCAAUUUUAUUUUGUUUAUUGUGAAUCGUUGUUACUAUCUAAUACAUGACAUUGUUAAAUUCCCAUUUGUUUUUGUUUUAAAUGUGUCCAUUAUUUUGUGCAAUGUACUUUUAUGUUAUUACCCAUAUCUGUAUGUUACAAUUGAAACAGUAUCCUCCAAUUCUGUUACUUGACUAAAGCUAAGUUACCGGUACUAUUAUCCAGCUUCUUGACAAUUUUUUCACCUGCUCUAGCAAAGGCUAUCCCCUAAUAACAGUUUAUCUUUUUAAUUCUAAAUGCUAGAACAUUAUGGCCUAGGUUGCAUUCCUAUCCACCCCUUUUCAUUAUAAAAUUCAAUAUUGUGCUUAUCAGUAUUUAACCUUUUGUCGUCCGUCCAAUACAACACAGCAUACAGUUGACAAGCUAGCCUUGGCCUGUGAAUUAUGUUCUCGCUUUUUUCAGUGUUUUGCCUGCCCUACAAGGUAACUGAGUUUUUCUUAGCAUUUAGUCAGUGGUUUAGAGAUGGGCACAUAUACCUCAGUGAUCACUGCUCAAGUUUGUUGUGAUUGCUGAUGGUAGAUGGGCACUGAAGGCUUAUUCAUGAUUUCCAUCAAGUUAUGGUCCGUUUUUAACAGGAUACCAUUCCAGAGGUGAAGAGUUCUUUCAUUCAGACAAGUUAAUAAUAUUAGCCAGGGUGAUAGAACAGUGAUUCAUUUAAUUUAGGUCUUUUUGUGUCCCCUGGUUUGCUUGAGACUAGAGUAAUCUUGGUUCCAUUACUGGUGGCAGGCUUCUUUUUGGGUGAUAAACUGUGCUUCAAAAUACACCAUUGUCUCUUUAAGCCAAUUAACAUUCUUGUAAUUUGUUAGGGAAAAUGGUUUGAUUGUUGUUUUACACAAGAGUUUCAAAACCUGGAAGCACUAGAAAUCAUACCCUGUCGUGUUUACCUAAGUGAAAGUACCAAAAUAGAAAAUUAGCAGGGCUCUUAUGGGGACAUUCAUUUUGCUGAUGUAUAGUCCAUGUUACAAGUACUUUUUCGAACUAUGGCCAGCAGCUACAGUGAUUGACUACUUUGUGUUUGCUUUCAAUGAUAAUAUUGUUAUCUUGCAAAAUGAUUGGCCGGAGGGGGAAACUAUCUGACAGUAAAAACAAUGGCAAAAAAUAUUAAAAUUAACAAAAAGUUGUGCCAGAUUUGCAACUGCAGUGCUUGACUGCCUGUUCAACUGUAAUGAACAGCCAAUCCAUGCUAAUAUUCUGCACUUUUCCUCAAACUUGUUGUUCAGAACUGCUCUGAGUGAGUCUUUACUUAUAUUAUACCAUUUAGACAAACAACCCAGUAGUUCUAAAGAAAACUUUUACAGUGUUGCUGUUUGUAACAGAAGAGGAUUAUAAUUUUGUGUGUGGAGUGCAUGCUCAGUAAUUAACUGAUUCAAUGUACAUCACUGCUAAUGAUAAAGGAAAGGAUGCCUUUUCAGUGUUGUCAUGUCUAUCAAUUAUGUGGCUUAGCCAGUAGAUAAUUAUAAUAAAUUAAUUUAUUAAAGAAGAAGGGUGCUGAGAAAACAUACAUACAGUCAACUCUCUCUUAACGGACACCUCUAUAAGACGGACACCUCUGUAAAACGGACACUUAGAGUUGGUCCCUGCCUUUCUUUACUCCUUUUAUUUGACUCUCUAUAAGUGUCGGUCCCAAAGGUGUCCAUCUUAGGGAGAGUUGACUGUAGACAAUAUUUUUAUUAGCUAUGCCAUGUGAAAAAAAAUUAGAACUGUAUUAUAAUGGUCGAUUAUCGUUAUGUCUCAUUUGCAAAAGGCGUUAUUCCACCUGACUAGUUGAGAAAAAUCAUAAAUUUUCUGAUGAUAAAAUUUUGCUGCAAUGAUGAUGUAAGGCAUGCAGCAAAUUUCCAUACAGUAGUUAAUAAUUUGCUUAUAAGCUGUAAGUAUGUGACAGUCAUGGACAUCUCCAGAAAUUAAUCCUUAUUCUUCUUGGUUAUUUGAAAUGGUGCAGGUUAAAAAUGAUUUUGCUGCAUUGUUGGCUGAACAAAAGCUUGACAGCAAGGCACAGUGGCGAAAGGUUCGUAGUAAGAUUGAGAAGGACCCUCGUUACAAAGCUGUGGAGAAUACAAUGCAGAGAGAAGAAUGGUUCAAAGAACACAUUGAGCAACUUUAUAAGGUAACAGUUUACUUAGUUGUUGGGCAUCUAGUAGCCUGCAUAGCGAGGGAUUUUGUUGGUGAGUUAUGAAUGUGAUUGAGCAGAGAAUUGCCUUUUUCCCAUUUUUUUUUUUUGCAAAAAACUCCUGCUCCUGUUUUGCCCCUAGGAAAACUGCCAGCUACGCAGGCAGUGAAUCUAGAAGUAAAAAAAACGUAGUGUAUUUAUUAUCAUUAUUUUUUGCAUCAUUGUAGUUCUAACCAUUACAAUUCAUUUGUAAACCACACUUACCCUUUUCAAGUUAGUGAUUGUGAUUAAAUCUCUUUAUAAAUAAUUAUGGAUAAUUUUGGUGGAGUUAAGGUGGUGAUAAUAAUAAUUCCUUUGUUCUCUUUGUUUUAACGUUUUGCAGCCAAGGAAAAGAAAAAAUAAUACUGAAUACAACUGAUCCCCGUUGUGUUGUUAUUGUUGUUGUUGUUUUUUUUUCUAGAAAGAGAAUGCUGAUAAAGAGAAAGAAAAGGAAAAACAAGAACGAAUAGAAGCCAGUCUUCGUGAACGAGAACGUGAAGUUCGUGCAAGCCAAGCUGAACUUGCUAAAGCCAGAGAAAAAGAGAAGGAACAACAUCUAAGAGACAAAGCAGAACAGCAUUUUCAUGCCUUACUUGCAGAUAUGGUGGGCAAGAGAUCUAAAAAAUAAUACACUGUAAUAGAGAUAAUAAUUUGUAAUGUAUGGUUGUUUGUAGUGUUUCAUAGCUGGUUUUCUACAAGUCAGUAGAACUAUUUCCAUGGGGGCCCUACCCUCGGGCCCCUUUAGAUAUACUUACGCCUUUGGUGCUUGUUCAGCCCCACCAAUCCAAAAUAUUCUCCCUGUCUAGUUUUCUAGCCUAUCACUUGAGUAACAAUGCCUAUAAUCACUUGCACUUAUGUCCACCCAAUCCAGUAGACCUUUCAAUUAAAGCCAACUUUAUGCGUUCCUAAUAAAACAUGUUGAUUAUGGCAAAUGCAAAUUAUAUUCAAGUAAUUUUAGUUGAUCAGUGUUGUGACUUGAUGUGCAUACAAGUCUUGUAUUAUUCUUGUAAUAUCAGUAUUAAAUCAAUUGUGACCAGAUUUAUUUCAUCUCUUUUUGGUGAAGACACAUAGUCUGUGCUUUACGCGAUAGAUGCUACAGUAUGCACCAUUCACUGUAUUGUGCUUCAUCACAUUUACAUUGAAUGUAAUAACUCUUCUCAGGUUCGCAAUGCAGACGUUGGUUGGAAGGAAACCAAAAAGAGUUUGCGUAAAGAUCAUCGCUGGGGAAUGGCAGAUGCUCUGAGUAAAAGUGACAAAGAAACAUUAUUUAAAGAACACAUAGAAAAUUUAAACAGGAGAAAGAAGGAACAGUUUAGGAAGCUAUUGGAUGAGACCCAUGAGGUGGGUACUAUUGAACUAAGGUAUUGGUGAAGGUGAAGAUUCUUUUGUAUGUGGUUAACUUUAACAGUCUGGGCUCAUUUUAUCUACCACCCACCCCCCCCCCCCCCACCUCCACACCCCACCUCACGCACUAUAUGAAAUCUAACAAUCACUGUCGAAUGCAUGAGAUAAAAAAAACAAAAAUCAGAGCACCAAUCACAGAAAAAACACAAACAACACCCACCUCCUUCAAAAAUAUAAAAAAAAUUAAAAAAGGAGAAAAGAGGGUAGUGAUGUAGGUAUUGUGGUAAAAGCCCAUGGUGGGGGGUCUUUAAUACAAAGGUUUUGUGGAUGGGUGUAUUUUUUUUUUUUUGGGGUAUAUUUAAAACUUGGGGCCCUUUUUUUCCCCCCCCCCCCCCCCCAAAUCCAUCAGUGCUCCGUUUCGCAGGUAUAAAAGCCACUUAAAAGUAUUUGGAAAGGAAAGACGUCAAAACAAAAGUUUGAGGUCACACCUGAGAAUCAAAGUCAAAACCUCUUGCACAGAAUCCUUGCCAGUCCUUGUUCCUUAAGUGUAAAAAUGAAUUAAAUCAGCUAAAAACUUUCCUUUAGUGGAUUAGUUUUUGUUUAGUUGACAGAAAAAAACAGUACUGUGUCUCUUGGUUUGAGGCGGAUAUCUAGGACAAUGUGGAUCUGAUCUAUUUUACAAGGACCAUCACUUUACUUAGUCUCUCAAGUUGUUAUCAGAUGUGCUGGAUGGUGUAGCUCCCUGUAUAAUUUAUUUUUACAUGUCACUGGCUUUUAAUAUUGUUUUAAUAACACAGUUGUUUAUGUUUCCAGUUAACCCUUACAUCGUCUUGGAGAAGUAUUCGGAAAAUAAUCAAAGAAGAUCCUAGAUAUUCCAAGUUUUCUAGCCAUGACAGUGUAAGUAAUGUUAUCUGUCAGCUGAAACUUUUAUCUCUGAGUGCUAGGUUGUUGUUGCUGUUUUUUUUUUUUUCAUAAAGUAAAAAAAUAAAGUGAAAAUGUAUUUUUUAAUCAAUUUAUCCACUUUGAAAAAAAAAUCUUCAGCGGUUUCUGUGCCUCAUGAUAAUUUAUUAGAACUUACAUUCCCCAGAAACAGUUGUAGCUUUGGCAUGUGUACAUUUGUGCACUGUUACCCAGGGCCAAUUUAAUAAAACUUUUACAAGUGUAAUUCACAAGUGUGCCCAUUGUUUAAGUGCCUAACAACAAUAGCUGCAAUAAUUUGUAAAUUACACUUGUAACAGGUUUAUUAAAAUAAUUGACCCCUGCAUGGAGUGGCAUUCAUCAUAAUAAUUAUUUAAUAUGAUCUGUAUUUAUUGUAUUAAAGGUUUAAUGUUCCUUUAACUUUUUUGUAAUUUGUUGCAGAAACGUGAAGAGGAAUUUAAUCAAUAUCUUCGUGACAAGUUGGCUGAUGCAAAGGGGGACUUCCGACAGUUACUGAAAGAAACACACUCAAUUACUUACAAGUGAGCAACAUUUGGAGCAGUAGAAAGAGUAGAUCCAUGAUACCCAAGAUGCACAGUUACAUUAGCCUCACGAUUGAGAGACUCAACUGUGAUUUUGAUCUGGCAAAAAAUGCAUUGCAUUUGUAUCAUAUAAUAUUAUUUGUGUAUAUCUGUUUGAAAAUGAACCUUGUGGAUGAAUAAAGUGGAUUUCAUGAUAAUUAUAGCAGAGAAACUUAUUACAAAUUUUUAUAUAAUUAUUUUAAAAGAGGGUGGGGGUUAUUAGAUACGGGGUUAUUACAAAAAUUAACUCCUAGGUGAGGGGUUUAUUAGAGACGGGGCGAACUAAAGGAGCUUUUACUGGAUUUGGUAUUAAUAAAAAGUAUGGAGCUUUUAUGGAAUUGCUUCCCGUGCAAUUAUUGUAAGAAAUUUUAUUUUAUUAAGAACAAUAUUCAUCCGUAUUGAAUCAUUCAUAUAAUUAAUAAUAAUCAACUACAUCCAACGUUGUUAUUUUCUUGACUUAUUUGUCUAUUUAUUUCAGUCUAAUGUAUGUAGAAAAAGAUUUAUUAAAAUAUUAUACUAAUUGGCUGUUUUCUUUUCUGUCCUUUAAUGCAUCACAUAAGAUCAAAGAAACUUAUAGAAGACUCUACUAAACAUCUUAAGGAUAUUGAAGAUACAUUAAAGGUAAGCCUUAGGAAAUAAUUGCAGUACAUUGUACAAUGUAAAACUGUGAACUCCUGAUUGAAACAAAACAUCUAUUUCAGGAAUGUUAAUGUGUUAUUACCAAUCACAGCAAAAAUCAAGACACAUGAGCAAGCCACAAAACUACAAAACUAAUAAAUUAUUAACUUUUGUUGCUGGUGGUUUAGUUUAUAAUUAUGCCUGAUUGGCUUUCUCCUUACAACACAACAACGUUUCAGAAUUAUGUCUGCCAAGUGGAGUUCACCAUUUUCAGAGUGUCACAGUAAUAUCCUUGAAUUUUAUGAACAAUUUGUUGCAAAGAUGAGGUAACGAAAUAAUUUAAUUUGUUCAGUUAAACUAAGUAACAACUCAUAUCCCCUCUUAUUGUUCAUUUUGUGUUUUAAUGCAUGAACAUUUGAACUUUCAUCCCUACUAUUCAUGGGAUAUAAUACAGUAAUUAUAUUUUUGUACAGUAUUAUUUUGAUGUCAUCCAUCAGCAGCGAAUAAAAUUAAUGAGAAGAUCGACAACAUAAUUUGUUUACCUUACAGAAAGACAAGAGGUAUUUGAUACUGGAAUGUGUUCCAGAGGAGCGGAAUAGAUUGCUUGAUAAUUACAUAGAGGAACUGUUCAGAAGUGGACCACCUCCUCCUCCCACAGCCUCAGCUCCUUCCAACAGAUCCAAGAUGCACUGAUCAACUUAAUCUUACUUCGCGUCUGUUUACUUUCUCAUCCAAACCCAGUCACACUGUUUUGCACAUUGUAUCGUUCAGAGAAAUAAAAAGUUGCAGUCCAAUAUAUUGAAUAUUGAAGCUUCUUAUCAGACAGACAUAGGGUUAAGCUGCAGCUGUUAUCUGUACUCAGCUAUGAGUGGAACAUUGUGUGCAUUGAUACCCAUUCCAUGUCCAAAAUUAGAUUGCGGAUGAAAUGGCUUACUUUUUAAUAAGUACAUUAUCUCACAUUGUUUUCUGAAGUCACACCUUUUUUCAGUCUUAACAGCAUUAACACCCAGCUUAGGACGUUAUUAGAGAGAUCUAGAAUCAUAAUUUCGAAUUUGUAUAUGACUAGGUUUUCCCUUUAGAUGUCUUUUUUUGUUGACUGUCUACUCCAAAAAAAGUAGUUUGGCUUGAGGUUCAUCAAUAAUAUUUCAUUAGUUUAGACAGU